CCACACGUGACUAAGUAACUAUUGGAUAGCGAAGUUACAUAACCGCAAGUGAGCAGAAAGUGAGUUUCGGGGUGAAAAAAAUAUCAAAUGUUCAGCAGUGGACGAAUGGUGCACUGGUAAUACCAAUUCAAAACUGGAGAGCAUCGUCGGAGGUGGAUUUGAACUGGCGGAAACAUAAAGCCAAGGCAGUGUGGCUGUUUCCAGUCUACCUCCGUUUCUGUUCGCUCACGGGGGCCAGAUAAUCUUGCCACUUGUCCGUUCAGUGCGACAUAGCGUCGAAGUUUACUUUUUAUACCAGCCGAUGCACCCGGGCGCUUUCGCCGUGUUAACUGUUGACAUAUGCAUGUAUUGACAAGUCCCCACACGAGUGACUUAAGUGGGGCAGUAUAAAAGCCCCCGAUGCCAAGCUGGGACUAAAACCUAUUUGACAGUUUUUCACGCUGUAAUGUUUUGCAUAGCAACAGCCCCUCCCCCAUCCAACUGGCAGGGAUCCUCUGCAAGUUACCCAGCGGGGACAAAAACGUAAACAUCCCAAUGUUCAAAUUUAAGCCGUCAAAUAAAUCGGAACACCGGCGGCUUCCAUGUAUGUGGCCUCAUACUACGCCCCUCGGAUGUACGUGUGCGUAAAUACAAGACGAAUCGGUGCAUCUCAAUUUUUCCGCACGCCGCUGAAACAGUUAACUCUACACCCGGAAAGGGCGAAGUCUGCACAGCAACAAGCGCCAUGAUUGCGUUGCACUGUGCGUCUCAGCAGCUGGAGACCAUGGAGCAGCUAGAAGAGGAACUUACGUGCCCAAUCUGCUGCGGUCUCUUCGAAGACCCACGGGUCUUGUUGUGCUCACACAGCUUCUGCAAGAAAUGCUUGGAGGGACUCUUGGAGGGUAACCGAGGUCCAGGUUUCAGAACACCUUUCAAAUGCCCCACGUGCCGCAAAGAGACCCCUCAAAACGGCGCAAACAGCCUGCAGAUCAACUAUUCUCUGCGCGGAAUCGUGGAGAAGUACAGCAAAAUAAGGUUUAUGCCUAAAAUGUCUGUUUGUAAACAACACUGCGGCCAACCCCUUAACAUAUUUUGCGCCACGGACUUGAAACUCAUUUGUGGAUUUUGCGCAACAGCAGAUGACCACAAAGGGCAUAAAAUAUGCUCCUUGGGGGAGGCAUAUGACCGGGAGAAGGAGGCGUUCGAAGAGCUGCUUCGCGGGAUGGAGAGCUGGCAGAGCGCAGAUAUCCUGUCCUGCCUGGAGACACUACAGACCAGUAAGAAGAAGGCUCUUCAGUCGGUGACCAAGGACGCAGAAAAGGUAAUAGAUUAUUUCGACAAACUCACAAGUGCCCUCGAAUGCAAGAAGAACGAGAUCCUCUCCGAUUUUGAAACACUGAAGCUGGUGGUGAUGCAAGCGUACGACCCGGAGAUCACCAAGCUGAGCGCGGCACUGGAAGAGCAGAGACGGGCGCUCAGCAUCGCGGAGUCCUUCAGGAACGUCUCCGACCCCCUGUGCUUUCUGCAGCAGAUGCAGGAGUUUCGGGAGAAGUUGAGGGUCCUUAAGGAGACUCCCCUGCCCUCCCGGAAAGAGAUGGAUGUCGGUCCCCUUGUACGCAAUUUCGAUGUAAAAAAGUGGGAUUCACUGAGGCUCAGAGAAGUGGACAAGAUCUCAGUCCCUCACGAGAGCGGCUCCUACCGAGUGGGGGGCUCACGGAUGGCGGCGCCCCGAUGGAUCACCUUAUUCAUGAGUCUGUUACUACCAACUCUGCUCCUGCUGCAGCCGCACAACCUUGCAGUCUACGUAACCUCGCAGAUUGAACCAUUUCUCACGACAGUCUCCUCGCACCUUACUCACACUGGUGUGUACCUGCUGGAAAUCACUGACGUGUGCACGGGUUUAAUUGGCGCAGGCCAGGAUUGUAUCGUGAACUUAAUUGACUCUACUGUCAGUUUUAUUGGCAGUUGUAAGUUGUUUUAAUUACUAGCCUGUGGCAUGUCAGGCACUCACAGCUACAAGUUGUUUCCAAGUGACCCAUGAGGUGCACUAAACUAGUGACAGAUAUGCACCUGAGUAUAUGGAAACACUUGUUUACCUGAUUGUUUACCAUGUCUUUUGCCUUUAUCCGUUUUCUUUUUUUUUAACCCAAGCUCCAACCUCUCUGAAUCAAUCUUUAAUCCAAAGAGGUUGUAGCUUUCAUUUACAUCAAUUAGACACCAAUUCACAUUUAUUUCGACGAAAUUGCAAUCUAUUCUUUUCAGCGGUGACGAUUUUAUACUUCUCCAAGACGAUCUUGAUAAAUAAAACUGAGAGAUGUAAGACACGUCAA